UCAGAGUGAGCUGCGUAGCUGAUAAAGGAGCCAUCCAGUCCCAGGUCCUGUCCUAGACCAGGUGCCCUGCCUGACAAACAUGUUCUCCUCCAAGUUCCUAUGAAACCCUCUGGCCUCUCCCACACAGCCUAGUCCAGAUUUCAAGUGAACAUGGGGCGCCCUCACAGAGACGUGGUCUUCAGUUUCCUCCUGGGAGCCGCAAUAAUAUCAGGAAUCAUUGCCCUCAUCCUCUUUCUUGUGGAUGGCUCAGAUGUCUUCGGGCUUCCACAUGCCAAGUAUGGGAUGGUGUUCGAUGCCGGAUCUUCACACACAUCUCUCUACGUCUACAAGUGGCCAGGAGACAAAAAGAAUGGCACCGGCAUCGUGAGCCAGGCUCUGUCCUGCAAUGUGGAAGGGCCUGGGAUUUCUCAUUAUGGCGAUGACCCAGCAAAGGCUGAGGAGAGCCUGACGACUUGUAUGGAGAAGGCACUGGCCCUGAUUCCAGAAGACAAGCACCAGGAGACUCCUACUUUUCUUGGGGCCACAGCAGGAAUGAGGCUUCUGAGAUUGAAGAAUAGUUCCCAGGCAGAUUGGAUCUUUGAAGAAAUCACCAAGGUCCUGGGCCAGUUCCCUGUCAAUUUCCAGGGAGCCCAAAUUCUGACAGGGAAUGAUGAAGCCUCCUUUGGCUGGAUCACCAUUAACUACGUCCUGGAGACCCUGGUGAAGUACACCUUCUCAGGGGAGUGGAUCCAACCCCCUAUGGCUGAGAUGGUGGGAGCCCUUGACCUAGGUGGAGCUUCAGCACAGAUCUCCUUCCUUCCACUUGGCCCUGUUGUUGACCCAAGCACCAAGGCCACCUUCCGCCUCUAUGGGCAUGACUACAAUGUCUACUCACAUAGCUACCUGUGCUAUGGACAGGAUCAGUUGGAGAAACGGCUCCUGGCACGUUUGGUGCAGACCAGCCCUUCUGAAGUGGUCCGGAACCCAUGCUACCAUGGAGGAUACGAGGAUACACUGUCUCUGGCUGACCUGUAUGACACGCCUUGUAUCCAGAGCUCCCAACACUCUAAUUCUGCACAGAGCCUCAGGGUGGAGGGGCUAGGAAACCCAGAAGCUUGUUAUGCUGCUGUCUAUAGUCUCUUCAACUUCUCUGCCUGUCAGGGCCGGGAAGACUGUACCUUUGGUAUCUACCAGCCUCAGAAGCAUGGCCAGUUCUAUGCAUUUUCUGGAUUCUAUUACACUUUCCACUUCUUGAACCUCACAGGCGGCCAGUCAUUGCACACUGUGAAUUCGACCAUUUGGGAAUUCUGCCAAAAGCCCUGGAAACAGGUGGAGGCCAGCUACCCUGAGCAGAAACAAUGGCUGCACAGCUACUGUACUAAUGCCAUACAUAUCCUCAUCCUCCUGACCAAUGGUUACAAGUUUGAUGAUGGAACCUGGGGCAACAUCCACUUUACCCAACAGGUUGCAGGCACAGACAUUGGCUGGACCCUGGGCUACAUGCUGAAUGUGACCAACAUGAUCCCGACGGAGGCACCGGCUCUUCAGCGGACAGAAAGUCAUAGUGUCUGGGUUGCUGGUGUCUUCUUUCUUGUCCUGACCAUCGUAAUGAGCAUCGGGUCUGGCCUCACCUACUGUUUUUGGAGUCCUGACUAGGCCUCACACUCAAAUCACAGUGAUGAGCAUCCUUGGGGUGGAACAAGAGGAGCUUGAUUCUGAACUUCUGAUAAA